AUGGAUUCGGACGACAUGUUCCUCGACAGCGAGAGGCUGAAGAAGAUGAUAGCGUUGGGGAUAUACGACGACAAGACGGUCGACAAAGUGAGGAAUAUUAAGAACAAAGACCUGAUCGACAAGACACCGGUCGCACGACCACCCGAUCCCCUCGACACCCGACCCACACCCGCACCGCCCAACCAACCAAUGGGUGGUCGAGGAGGCGGUGGUAGACGAGGAGGGCCUCACAACAGAGGGGGUCCAGAGGGCUGGCGAUCGCAACGAGCAAACCCCGGCCGCAGAGACUUUGGAUACGGAUUCAAUCCAAUCGCGGACAGUGUGGUCAACUGGUCCACAUUCGGUGACAAUAGUGGUCCCAAGAGACCCAAGACUUUUACCGGCGAUGACUCGUUCCGCAGCUCAAUCAGAGACGGCAUUCAGACUAAGAUCCAGAGGAAUGAAGACGACAGGAAAAUGAAUAUCCAUUUAAUGGGUGACAGAUAUCCUGGUAACGCAUCCAUUGAUACAGAUUUGAGGCCCAAAUCAGACACAGACUUACGCUUUAAUUCCCGUAAAACCGCUGAUAACUCACACCUCAUUACUUCCGCAGCAACUGAUGAAGACUUUAGAGGUCGCGGCCGAAGAGGCCGAGGAAUGGAUCACAACCGACACUUCGACGCCGACCAACGCGAACGCGAUGUAUUUGGCGAGAGAUCCGCACCACGAGAUCCUAUGCUUUCUCAACCUGUUGUCGACGACAUCGACGACUUCAUCGCUAGAGCUGAGAGGGCUGUGAGCGGCAAACCAUCGACACCGCAGAAGAGGAAGCACGAGAUGUCCGGUUCGGGUCGUGGAGGCCCUCACAGACCCGAUCAGAGACCUGCCCACCAAAAGCCUCUGUUCGAGAGGCCGCGAAGAAUUGAUGAUAAUAUGAGUCAACGUAGAAGUGGUGCUCUGUUUGGAAGCAAUGACUCCUCGGAUGAGUUCAAAGCGAGUGAUGCAUUGAACCCAUCAUUCGGCCGAAGACUACCACCCGAGCGACCUGUGAUUGAAGUGUUGGAUGAGCCCAGAGUCGAGUCGGAAGCAAAUCCAGUGAAACAGAUGGAAGAGCUAAGGAAUACAGUGGAGGAGUUGUCCUCAUCCAACCUCUACUGCCAAUACUGUGACUUUUAUCUCAGUUCAUUCAAUCACAUCAAUUCACACAUCGGAACAGUUCUUCAUCAGCAGAAUAUGGCAAAGAAAUCCAUGGAAAACAGUGCGCGAGGUGUCAGUGAACAGACUGCCUCGCAAAGUGUACCUAACAGUGAGCCCAUGAGCCGUACUGUUGUGCAACGGGUGCCCAUAGGAAUGGCAGCUUUGGUCAAAAUGAUUGACAAUCGCAAACAAAUUACACUUAAAUCGCUCACUGAUAUGGAGAGUUACCAAAUCUGUUCGGACAGUGAGGCCUCUCUGGCCAAAGAAUUGGCCAAAUUAUUGACCAAUGAAUUGCUUAACUAUAAGAUGAGUCUAAUGCCUGAUAACGUCAAAGAGAGGAAUGAAGACGACAGGAAAAUGAAUAUCCAUUUAAUGGGUGACAGAUAUCCUGGUAACGCAUCCAUUGAUACAGAUUUGAGGCCCAAUUCAGACACAGACUUACGCUUUAAUUCCCGUAAAACCGCUGAUAACUCACACCUCAUUACUUCCGCAGCAACUGAUGAAGACUUUAGAGGUCGCGGCCGAAGAGGCCGAGGAAUGGAUCACAACCGACACUUCGACGCCGACCAACGCGAACGCGAUGUGUUUGGCGAGAGAUCCGCACCACGAGAUCCUAUGCUCUCUCAACCUGUUGUCGACGACAUCGACGACUUCAUCGCUAGAGCUGAGAGGGCUGUGAGCGGCAAACCAUCGACACCGCAGAAGAGGAAGCACGAGAUGUCCGGUUCGGGUCGUGGAGGCCCUCACAGACCCGAUCAGAGACCUGCCGACCAAAAGCCUCUGUUCGAGAGGCCGCGAAGAAUUGAUGAUAAUAUGAGUCAACGUAGAAGUGGUGCUCUGUUUGGAAGCAAUGACUCCUCGGAUGAGUUCAAAGCGAGUGAUGCAUUGAACCCAUCAUUCGGCCGAAGACUACCACCCGAGCGACCUGUGAUUGAAGUGUUGGAUGAGCCCAGAGUCGAGUCGGAAGCAAAUCCAGUGAAACAGAUGGAAGAGCUAAGGAAUACAGUGGAGGAGUUGUCCUCAUCCAACCUCUACUGCCAAUACUGUGACUUUUAUCUCAGUUCAUUCAAUCACAUCAAUUCACACAUCGGAACAGUUCUUCAUCAGCAGAAUAUGGCAAAGAAAUCCAUGGAAAACAGUGCGCGAGGUGUCAGUGAACAGACUGCCUCGCAAAGUGUACCUAACAGUGAGCCCAUGAGCCGUACUGUUGUGCAACGGGUGCCCAUAGGAAUGGCAGCUUUGGUCAAAAUGAUUGACAAUCGCAAACAAAUUACACUUAAAUCGCUCACUGAUAUGGAGAGUUACCAAAUCUGUUCGGACAGUGAAGCCUCUCUGGCCAAAGAAUUGGCCAAAUUAUUGACCAAUGAAUUGCUUAACUAUAAGAUGAGUCUAAUGCCUGAUAACGUCAAAGAGGCUUUAAAACAUCAGGGAAUUGGUCUCUUGAAAUCUGCAACCAAUAUGUGAUUACCACUCAAAUCAUUAUUUCAUAUAUUAUAC